AUGGCCGAAGGACACAAGAAGUUAAACCCGGCAGUGAUGGCAGCACUUAAGGUGUUGUGUGAGGCGAAAGAGGACGACCUGAUGGACGCCCUUGAGGAGUUCCGGGUUGCUCACCGUGCCCGCCUGUCAGCGCUUAUGGGACAGAGCGUGGCCGAGGGCCUUGACGCCUUCAAACGACAGGGCAAUGACGCCAGCACGUUCGACCCGGCAGCUCUUGCAGCAGCCCUGUUCGGUGAGCUUCCGGAGGUGCCAGUGUCCGGACAUGACCCUACAGCGACUGGUUCUGGUGAUGUGCAGCCGGCCCAUACAUGGGGCCAGCCAGACGAUGACGACCCACCUGUUCUGACUUCUGUCAGAUCCGAACCCGUCAGACUGGACUCCAGGGCAGUGAAGGUUGUAAGUUUCGGUUGUGGGUCUGAAACCGCCGACUCCAACGGUGGGCAGCAGCCUCCCGGCAGUACCCCCCCUCACCAGUACAGAGAGCAAGCGUUAGUGAAAGUGCACGGCAAGUGGCAAACACCAGACGCCGCAACCAGAGAGUGGAUCCAGGGUCUUCCGCCGAAUACCACUCUGCCGGCAGGAUCAGGCAUCUCCGAGUACUCCCGGUGCAAGAUGCUUGGCAACUCGUGGCACCUCCCGUCAGCCCGCUUCAUUCUCUUUGUGCUGCUGGCCAGCUGCAACGUGAUCCCGGUGACAGCGGGCCCAGUACCAGAGUGGUACACACGAGUGGAGGCGUUACCGUGGAGCUCCAACCUCAACCCGUUAGGUGCCCGGCCGAUCGAGCGACCCACUGAGAACACGACGCAGCAGCACCUGCAGUGGGCAUUGGCCCUCGACUCAAACCAACUUCACUUUUCUGAGAACAACCCUUGCCUGAAGUGGGCCCUCCAGUUCGGACAGAGCUUAGGCCGGGACCUGAGCCGUUGGAGAGAAGGGAUCGUUCAGGACGUGAGAAGCCUGAAAGAGGACCUCCAGUUCGAGCAGCAAUACUGGCUCCAGUCAGCACCUCAGCACGUUCAGCAAGUAUACCGACAAGGUGGCGAGUCCCUGGUGUUGCAGCCCAUUGUAGUACUCCACCUGCUUACCUUGUUCGAGUUUCCCGGCACCACCGAGGACGCCAAGUACAGCAGGCGUCUCUCCCGUUCGCAGUUUCAGUCGCUGAACGCCGAGCACAAACGUUCCCUGUAUUCCGACACCAAGCCGUCGGAACAUACAGCGACGAUGCUCGAAGAAAUUGCAAAGGAACAGCUGAAGGCCAGGUUUCAAGGCCCGUUCGAACCUUGUCAGGUCGCAGACGACCAACAGUCACGCGCUGCACGCGCGUUCCCACUAGUGCAGCAAGACAAGGUUAGACGCGCCGAUGAUUGGCGCAGGUCCCACCAUAACAGCACAGUUUGCGUGCAGGACUCCCCGCCAUACGCGGGCACACAGUCGGUUCUCAACCUGGUUCAGUCGGCAGCCCAGUUUGGAGAGCCUACAGUCGCAGCCCUAGACCACGACGGAGCCUACCGAGCCUUGCCCGUUAGGGACCCCCAAGAGUGCUACGUGUUCGUCCCUAACCAAGCCGAACCCAGCGUGUUCCGACACCUGGUUCUCCCGUUCGGAGGCACAGGCAGCGUGUGGAGCUACCUGAGGAUAGCAGACAUCAUCUGCUUCCUGACUAUCACUAUGCUGUUCAUCCCGGCAGCACACUUUGUGGACGACUACUUCUACUCCGAGCCAACACACACGAGUGAGUCAGCUUUCACAUCUUUCUGCCUCUUGCAAGCCCUGUUAGGCUUCCAAAUGAAAGCCGCACACCUGGCAGGCAAACUCAACUUCGUGUGUUCCUGGGUCUUCGCAGGAGUGGGCAAGGCCUGCUCCCUCUGCUACAGCCAAGGACCUUCCCGUUACGCAAGAGAUGUGGUUUGCUUUGUGGACAACAGUGCGAGUGAGCACGCACUGAAGAAGGGCUACUCAAAAGACGCAGCACUGACAAACCUGUUAGGCUGGUUCUGGAGCUGGGUUGCCUCUCGGGGUCUCAACCUUUUCUUUGUGAGGGUUUCCAGUAAGGCUAACCUGUCAGACGCAGCUUCGAGGGGAGACUGGGCACCGAGCGACUCGCUGGGGUGCCGACGCUGCAGCCCCGACUUCGGCAAGACGUGGGGUACCCUACAAAAGCUGACCGAGACCUCUGUGACACCCGACGCGGCCCUGUUCGAAGACCUGGUCGGCUUGUUAGCGCUGCCAACCGCCGCCCAGUGA